AUGGCUGCGUCAUUCGAACUGACCCGCAUUCGUCCCCCACCUCUCAACUCCAAUCGUUUCACUGAAGAAUAUCGUCCGCCAUCGCCUGAGGAUGUCCACGACAUCUUCCCCCUUUCAACCUCAUACGAUGACAACCCCGAACUCACAAUGCAGCCCUCGUGGAAGCGUGCCCUGUAUGAGCUUCUCGAGCAGCCCACGUCGUCGCCAUCCGCCUUCCUGGUACAUAUGGUCACGACCAGCCUUAUCGUCGUUUCUGCCGUUGUAACAGUUCUAGAAACUGUUCCUGCUUUUCACUCCAUUUCUACACGAAUAUGGUUCGGUGUUGAGACCAUGUUGGUGGCACUCUUUACUGUGGAGUACAUUGCUAGAUGUGUGGCGUGGAGUUCAACAUGGAUGGGGCUACUGGGAUGGAUUUUUUCUUUUUACGGGGUCAUUGACCUGCUUUCGGUGCUGCCUUACUACAUUGAAGUACUCCUGCAACAAGAUACGUCUGUAUUUUUUCGCUUCUCCAUCUUGCGCAUGUUUCGCCUAUUGCGCGUGUUCAGACCAUUCCGAUAUAAUCACACCAUUCUCUUGUGCGCUUUCACACCGUCUUUCACUCCAUUGACAUCUCAAUUCACCAAUAGGACGAUUGAAGUCAUGUAUCUCUCCGUACGACGAUCUCAGCACGCACUUUUGGCAAUAGGAUUUUUCGUCGUCAUGAUAUUAACCGUAUUUAGCACACUAUUAUACUUUGCUGAACGCGGCACGUGGGACGAAGUUCUCCAAACGUUCAUUAACUCUGAUGGAGAUCCAACUCAAUUUUCCUCGAUCCCUGCUGCGGCAUGGUUCGUCCUCGUCACCAUUACCACCGUAGGCUACGGUGAAAUUACGCCACGCUCCUUUCUCGGUCGCCUCGUUACGCUCCCCAUCCUGGUGUUUGGAUUACUCUUGAUCACGCUCCCAAGUUUUGUACUAGGCAGGGAGUUCAGUCUCGUAUGGGAGAAGAUGACACGGGAUCGCCGGGAGAACGACCAAGAAAACCCCAACUCACCUAUCGAUAUUCUGCGCCAGCCGUUGCGAACCUCUCACAACUUAUCGGACAUGCAUUCUGCCUCCGCAUCGCAUUUCAAGCAUCGGGGAGAUCUUUCAAAUUUGAAGCUUGCGCAGAACCAGACGGAACUGAGUAUGCAAAUUGGGGACCUGCGGGAACAGAUGGAGGUGCAAGGCAGAAGUAUUGAGCGCUUGUUGGCGCUGUUGGAAGGACGACCCGGAAGUAAAACUGGCAAGGAGAGAGCUGAAUGA